AUGUCGUGGGAUCGUUUAGCAACUCCAAAAGAAGAAUGUGGAAUGGGUUUUAGGCACCUCCAUGACUUUAAUCUUGCCAUGCUUGCCAAACAAGGUUGGCAAUUAUUGUGUAAGCCUGACUCUUUUGCUGGUAGAGUCUACAAAGCAAAGUAUUUCCCUAAUUCUGACUUUAUUUCAUUCGAUCUUGGAAAUAAUCCAAGCUUUGUGUGGCGUAGUAUCUGGGGUGCUAAGGACUUGGUUCGGCUUGGGGCUGCUCGGGUUAUUGGUGAUGGUAGAAAUACUAGAAUUAUGGGUACUCCUUGGCUACCAUCAACAAGUAACAAAUAUGUCUCUUCUACUCAUCCUGGUCUAAGCACUCACACUAUAAGUUCCCUAUUUCAACCAAACAUGAUCUGUUGGGAUGCUGAUGUAGUCCGUGACUUAUUUUCUCCUCAAGAAGCAAAUUUAAUUCUUGGCAUUCCACUUAGCAACACUGGUAGACCUGAUUUUGUUUGGAACAAAUGCAAUUCUACUGUCAAAGAAGUUCUCGCAACUUCUUCAAUUACUCUUGAACAUUGGAGGAAAGCUCAAGAUAAAAGUGCUCUUUUAUCACUAUCGUUUAACAAUAGUGAUGACGGGGCUGAGCUAUGGACACUACCUGCAACAAACAACCUCAAGAUUAAUGUAGAUGCGGCGCUCUUCCGACAAGAUAACUCAUACGACUAUGGAUUAGUGGCGAGGGAUCAUUUUGGCAAGUUCUUAGAGGCCAAAACAUGCCACUACAAUGGCAACUAUCCUGCUGAAGUGGUUGAAGCUUUGGGGAUCAAGGAAGCUCUCAGUUGGAUAAAGAACAAGGCAUGGAAUAAUGCUGAGCUUGAUUCUGACAGUCUUUUAUCUGUGCAAGCAAUAAAAAACAACCAAAAGAUGUCUUCUACUUUUGGUAUUAUUAUAGAUGAUUGUCGUUUGUUAUUAUCUCUUUUAAAGGAUGUUAAGUUACGUUUUGUAAAACGAUCAGCAAAUCGAGUUGCCCAUGCUAUUGCAAGGCACUCUCAAUUUAUUCCUGGUGGUUGCAUCUUAGAGCAAGGUAUCUAG